UUCUUUGGGGGUGUGGUCUGUUUUUUGGGAGGUGUUCCCUCUAUUUUGGGGCGUGGCCUAUUUGGGAGGGGCUUUUUGGUGAUGUUCUAUUGGGGCGUGGCCUGGUUUUAAGGGUUAUUACCAGAAUUCCCCAAAAUCCCCCCGGAGCCCCCGAAUUUCCUCUUUUCACCCCAAAAUUCCCUUCCCCGCCACCUCUAGGCCACGCCCCCGCACAAACCACGCCCUCUGGGCUCAAUUACCUUAUAUGGCGCUUAAACCACGCCUACAACAGGCGGAGCUUUCCCUGAAGCCCCGCCCGCUUCACUAAACUCCUCCCGUCGCCGCUCGCUGACGUCACCGAGGCGCGCCGCGCUCCCCGCAAGGCCCCGGCGCGGCGCUGCCGGCGGGGCUGCCCGCGGCGCUGCCUGGCCCGGUUCGCUCCCGGUUCCUCCCGGUUCUGGCUCGGUUCGUUCCCCUUUCUGGCCCAGUUUCCUCCCGGUUCGCUCCCGGUUCCUCUCGGUCUCGGUUCAGUCCCGGUUCGGUUCCGUGAUGUGGGCCUGGUCCCGGUGCCCGUUGGUCGAGGACAGUUUCAGCCGCCUCGGCUCCCAGAGCAACGUCUACGGCCUGGCCGCGCUGCCCCCGUGGAACGGCACCGGCUCCGGUUCCGGUUCUGAGCCGCAGCCCUCCCGCUCCUUGCCCGGUUCUGGUCCCGGUUCUGACCGGGUUCAGGGCCCUGCUUCCGCUUCUGAGCCGCUGCCCCAACGCUCCGGGCCUGGUUCUGGUUCCGGUUCUGGUUCUGACCCGGUUCGUGGCCCUGCUGCCGGUUCUGAGCCAGUUCCGGUCCCCACUCCUGCUCCCGGUUCCGGUGCUGACCCACUUCAGUGCCCCGGUCCCGGUUCUGGUCCCGCUCCCAGUUCUGAUCGGGUUCGGGGUCCCGGUUCUUGUCCCGGUUCUGACCCAGUUUGUGCUCCCGGUUCCAGUCCUGCUUCUGGUGUUGGUGCCGGUGCUGAUCCCGUUCAAUGCCCCGGUCCCGGUCCCGGUCCCGGUGCUCAUUCUGGUUCUGAUCCUGGCCCGGUUCAUGGUCCCGGUUCUGGUCCUGGUUCUUGUCUCGGCCCCAGCUCUGAUCCUGCCCCAGUUCUCGGUUUUGGUUCCUGUCCUGGUUCCGGUCCCGGUCCUGGUUCCGGUCCCGGUCCCGGUUCCGGUUCUGGUCCCGGUCCUGGUUCCUGUCCCGAUUCCUAUCCUGGUUCUGGUCCCGGUCCUGGUGCCAGUUCUGGUCCCGGUCCUGGUUCCGGUCCCGGUUCGUGUCCCGGUCCCGUUCCCGGUCCGUGUCCCGGUGCCGGUCCCGUUCCCGGUUCGGGUUCAUGUCCCGGUUCGUGUCCUGUUCCCGGUUCGUGUCCUGGUUCUGGUUCCGGUUCGGGUCCGUGUCCCGGUUCCGGUUCCGGUUGCGGUGCCGUUCCCGCUCCGUGUCCCGGUUCCGGUGUCGGUUCCGGUUCCGGUUGCGGUGCGGGCUCGCUGCUGGCGGCGGCCCUGAAGGGGAAGGUUCUGCUGUUCCGGUACCGGCAGCUGCGGCCGCGCCUGCGGCCCCUGGCCCGGGAGCUGCAGUUCACCUACAUCCCCGUGGACGCCGAGAUCGUUUCCAUCGAUUCCUUCCCCAAAUCCCCCCCCCAGCGCGGCCUCGUGGUGGGGAUCACCUUCAUCAAGGACUCGGGGGACAAGCCCAGCCCCUUCCUCAACAUCUACUGCGACUACGAGCCGGGCUGCGAGUUCGACCUCGACUCCGUGGCCCAGAGCUGCCUGAACCUGGAGCUUCGCUUCACCCCCUUCCAGCUGUGCCACGCCCAGGUCAGGGUGGGGGAGCACCUGGAGACCGUGUUCCUGCUCAGCGGGAACGACCCGGCCAUCCACCUGUACAGAGAGAACCGCGGCUCUCACCAGUUCGAGGAGCAGCCGGUGCAGCUGCUCUUCCCGGAGCUGCAGCACCUGCCCAGCACGGUGCUGUGGCUGGAUGUCCGUUCCGUGCCCUCCUGCGGCCAUCGCCUCUCGGCCCUCGGCUGCCAGAGCGGCUUCGUGCGGGCGGCGCGCGUCGACGAGGCCACGCGGGUGGUUUUGCAGACGUGGAGCUGCCAGCAGGACGGGCCCAUCUCGGCCGUGCUGCUCUUCCAGCUGCCCCGGGAGGAGCCCGAGGAUCCCGAGGGCUCCUGGAGCCUCCUGGUGAGCAGCACCCUGGAGAGCGCCGUGGUUUAUCGGUGCGGGAUGUUGGCGGGGAUUCUGGGGGAUUGCCUGGCCGAGCCCCUGGAGCUGCCCGGCAGCCGCGGCUCCGACGCCGUCGUUUGUGCCAAAGUCACCGACGUCGACUUCGACGGCGCCGCCGAGAUCCUGCUGGGCACCUACGGCCAGGAGCUGCUCUGUUACAAAUAUUUCGGGUCCACUUCGGGCGAUUUUGGCCAAUUCCGGCCGCUCUGGGCGCGGCGCUUCCCCUCCCCCCUGCUGGCGCUGGAGCCGCUCGACCUGACGGGGGAUGGGCUGCAGGAGCUCGCCGUCGUCUGCCUGGGGGGGCUCCACGUGCUCCAGCACAGCCUGGAGCCGACGGCGCGGCUGCUCCGGGAGCGCCUGCGCAGGGAGGUGCAGCAGAAACGGGGCCAGAAAGGCCAAAAUCGGGAAAAAACCACCCGGGAACGGGAGAAACCCGCGGAAAAUUGGGGGAAAAACCCGGAAAAACGGGAAAAACCCGCGGAAAAACGGGAAAAAUCCACGGAAAAACGGGAAAAAACGACGGAAAAUUGGGAAAAAACGACGGAAAAUUGGGAAAAAACGACGGAAAAUCGGGGGAAAUCCAUGGAAGAACGGGAAAAAUCGACAGAAAAUUGGGGGAAAACCCCGGAAAAAUGGGAAAGAAACCCGGAAAAACGGGAAAAAUCCACGGGAAAUUGGGAAGAAUCCAUGGAAAAACGGGAAAAGAACCCGGAAAAAUGGGGAAAAUCCACGGAAAAACGGGAAAAAUCCACGGAAAAACGGGAAAAAGCCUCGGGAAAGCGCGAGGAGGAGGAGGAGGAGGAGGAGGAGGAGGAAGAGGAGAAGAGGGGGGAGGGCCCGGGGGGGGUCUUGGGGCCCCUCCCCCAGCCCGAAAUCGGCCGAAUUCCAAUAAAAAAUUCCAUGGGAAAAAAAAAAACUCCUGAAAAAUAUUUCCCCGAAUUUCCCUGA